UCAGCCUCUGUCAUUCCCAAGCGGAUCGUUUGUUGUCAAAAUGGAGUUCUUGCUAGGAAAUCCUUACAGUACACCCGUGGGCCAAUGCAUAGAGAGAGCCACAGAUGGAGGCCUCCAGAAUGAGGACUGGACACUCAACAUGGAGAUCUGCGAUAUCAUAAACGAAACAGACGAGGGGCCAAAAGAUGCUAUGCGGGCACUGAAGAAGAGACUGAGUGGUAACAAGAACUUCAGAGAGAUUAUGCUGGCACUCACGGUUUUGGAGACAUGCGUGAAAAACUGUGGACACAGGUUUCACAUCCAAGUGGCCAACAGAGAUUUUAUCGAUGGCGUUCUUGUCAAAAUCAUCUCCCCCAAAAACAAUCCUCCCACUAUCGUUCAGGACAAAGUGCUGUCUCUCAUACAGUCCUGGGCCGAUGCCUUCAGGAGUAGUCCUGAUUUAACUGGAGUGGUCCAUAUUUAUGAGGAACUGAAGAGGAAGGGCAUUGAGUUUCCCAUGGCAGACCUGGAUGCAUUGUCUCCCAUUCACACACCGCAGAGAGGUACACCAGAAGUGGACCCAGCCACGAUGAAGUACAUCGCUCCUGCCUCAGCUGUCACCGGGCCUCCAAAUCCAGCCCCACCCGCUCCAGCAGCCACACAGACCGCUGCUGUUCCCGGCCCCAUCACAGCCACCCCCGAACAGAUUGCCCGGCUGCGGAGUGAGCUGGACGUCGUGAGAGGAAACAUUAAAGUCAUGUCAGAGAUGCUCACUGAGAUGGUCCCUGGUCAAGAAGAUGCCUCCGACCUGGAACUGCUUCAGGAGCUGAACAGAACAUGCAGGGCGAUGCAGCACAGAGUUGUUGAGCUCAUUUCUCGUGUUUCUAAUGAGGAAGUGACGGAGGAGCUGCUUCACGUCAACGAUGACCUGAACAAUAUUUUCCUUCGUUAUGAGAGGUAUGAGAGGUACAGGUCGGGCAGAGCUGCACAGAACAAUGGGAUGUUAACUGAAACCACAGAGGAUAACCUAAUAGACCUGGGCCCAGGCUCCCCUGCUGUGGUCACCCCCAGGGUUGCAUCCAGCCCUGCAGCCAGUUCUCCUGUAGGGGCCUUAGCCUCCCCUGCUCACAGCUCUGCUACAGCCUCCCUAUCCACUGCAUUGGCCAGCCUUGAUGUAGGUUCAGACAGUGUGAGCGGCACCCUGUCGUCUCUACCCAGCCACAACAGGGAUGACUUUGACAUGUUUGCCCAGACAAGGAGCAGCUCUCUGGCUGAGCAACGUAAAAAUGUUAAAUAUGAAGACCCACAAGCUCUCGGCGGCCUGGCUUCAGCUUUGGAUGUUAGACAACAGAACACUGGAGGGCUGAGGGUAAAAGGGGAUGAUAACCCAGCAGAUCAGGAGCUGCCCAUAGACAGCUGGCUUAUUACCCAAGGAAUGAUCCCCGUAUCGCAGUCCUCUGUCAUGGAUGACAUAGAGGAGUGGCUCUGUGCUGAUGUGAAAGGGGACGGCCCAGAAGAAGGGGUGACCAGUGAAGAGUUUGAUAAGUUUCUAGAAGAUCGGGCCAAGGCGGCAGACUCUCUGCCAUCUCCUCCAGGAACCACCCCGGCUCACCCAGCCCGUGCCCCCAGUGGUUCCCACAAGAAGGCAGGAUGGACAGAGGAUGCCCUCUUUGCCUUG